AUGUCGGCAGGGGAGAUAUAUGACUACCUGAUAAUCGGUGCCGGGCCGUCGGGGCUAUGUGCUGCGAAGACGAUACGCGAAUGUGAACCAGAUGCGCGGGUCAAGAUUCUUGACUCAAACAAAACCGUCGGCGGCGUCUGGUCGAAAGAGAAGAUCUACCCGGGCCUGAAAACGAACAAUAUUCGAGGCGGCAUCGACUUCUCCGACUUUCCUAUGCACGACGGCUUUGGCGUCCCGGCAGGUCAACAUGUCCCAGGCGAAGCGAUGCACCGCUAUAUCAGAGCCUACGCUGAACAUUUUGGGCUUUUGAGCCUGAUCGACUUCGAAUCCCAUGUUGCUGAAGUCUCGAAGCUCAAAGACCUUAGAGGCUGGAAGGUCAAACUCGGUGCUGGCACAGAAAUCCACACGCACAAGCUGAUUAUCGCGACGGGCGUCACCAACGUCCCGAACCGACCCCAGCUGAGGGACUCCGAAGAGUUCGGCGGUCCGAUCAUGCACUCUGCCGAACUAGGCAUGCAUGGCACCAGCCUCACAGACGACUCGAACGUCGAAACGGUGGCCGUUCUCGGGGGAGGGAAAUCCGCAUACGACACAGUCCACCUGGCGGGCAAGGCAGGCAAGAAGGUGGAAUGGAUCAUCCGCAAGUCAGGUAAAGGCCCGGAAUGGAUCUUCCCGGCACACACGAUGGGCCCGCUGCAAGCCGUGCGGGAGAAACUGCCCGCCCGACGGAUCGUGUCGUUCUUCAGCCCGAACCUGUGGAACGACGGCUUCGGCUGGAUCCGGCACUUCCUCCACUUCACCCGCAUCGGCAAGACGAUUGCGCAGAAAUUCUGGAUCAACUUGCACAAGGCGACGCUCGAGGACUGCAGCAUGCUCAAGGACGAGCGGACGAAAGUGCUGGAACCGGAACAGAGUCCCUUCUGGUACGGCACGGCGUCGGGCAUCUACAGCUACGACAAGGACAUCUACGAGAUGGUCAGGACGGGGCACGUGCGCGUACACCGCGAAGACAUUGCCGGGCUCUCUAACCACACCAUCACCUUCACCUCCGGCGUGGCCAUCAAGGCCGACGCCCUCGUCACGGCGACCGGCUUCUCCGCCAAACCCACGCUCAAGUUCGUGCCCGAGACAAGCCAUUCGGCCCUCGGCGUCCCGUCGAGCGAGUACACGACGUCUCAACAUAAAUUCUGGACCGCCCUCAACGCCAAAGCCGACGCCACGAUAGGCGCCUCUUUCCCGAGACUUCUCGCCGGUCCAUUCAAAAGCCCGACCUCGAGCGACGUCCAGCCUUUCAACCCCGGCAUGGACAAAGAGGCAAACUACACGCCCUUCCGCCUGUACCGGGCGAUCGCACCCCCGGGGCUCACGCAACAGGGCGACCAUUCCCUCGCUUUUAUAUCGAUGUUCAGUAAUCUCGCCAACACGCCGCGCAUGGAAAUCCAAUGCCUGUGGGCCUACGCGUACCUGAACAACGCCCUCUCGCUGCGUCCAAACCCGGAGACCGUCUAUGACGAAACGGCCCUUCUGGCACAGUAUGCCCGGCAUCGCGCGCCGUACGGCCACGGCCGCUUCUUCCCGGACUUGGUCUUCGAUCAGCUGCCCUACAUGGACUCCCUGCUGCAGGACCUUGGGUUGCCGUACUGGCGAAAGGGCAACAUCUUUGGAGAGAUAUUUAGUCCUUACAUGGCGCCGGACUACCGCGGGGUGGUGCAGGAGUGGCUUCGCGCCAAUGACGGGGGAAAGCGGCGCGCCACCAGCGGUGAUGUCAAGGCCGCGGCGGAUGAGGAGGGGCAGCCGUUGUUGAAGGGCAACGGCAAGGCUCAUUGA